CGGGGCCAGGGGCGUCGGCCAAUGGGAGGCGGUGUUAUUGGUGGCCACGGCGGCGCAGCCUCUGGAGCGAGCGAGGCCACCGCCGCCGCCAGUGCCGCAGCCGCUACAGGCGUGAGGAGCGGACGCGAGGCGCUCGGCCGGGUUAAUGGUACAUGGUGUCAGGAGUGGGAACUGAAGGAGCCAGCCCCUGAGGAGCGACGACCCCCAGAAUCGAGCGAGGUACCCAUAUUUGAGCCCUUUGUGCUCUUUGCUUCCACGAGUUGCCAUCACUUUCAGGUUGGAGAUCAAAACACUCAGAUGGCAGAUAACAGUUUUUCAGACGGUGUUCCUUCAGACGCCUUGGAGGCUGCUAAAAAUGCAAGUCACACAGAAAAGCUCACUGAUCAGGUGAUGCAGAAUCCUCAAGUUCUGGCGGCUUUACAGGAACGGCUUGACAGUGUCUCCCACACUCCUUCCAGUUACAUCGAGACCCUGCCGAAGGCCGUCCGGAGGAGGAUCAACGCGCUGAAGCAGCUGCAGGUGCGCUGCGCCCACAUCGAAGCCAAGUUCUACGAGGAGGUGCACGACCUGGAGAGGAAGUACGCCGCCCUGUACCAGCCUCUCUUCGACAAGAGAAGGGAGUUCAUCACCGGGGACGUGGAGCCGACGGACGCCGAGUCAGAGUGGCACAGUGACAACGAAGAGGAGGAUAAGUUGGCGGGCGACAUGAAAAAUAAAGUAGUCAUAGCAGAAAAAGAAGCAGCAACAGCAGAGGAGCCAAACCCCAAAGGAAUUCCAGAGUUCUGGUUCACCAUCUUUAGAAAUGUAGAUAUGCUAAGUGAGUUAGUCCAGGAGUAUGAUGAACCGAUCUUGAAGCACCUGCAGGAUAUCAAAGUGAAGUUUUCAGACCCUGGGCAGCCUAUGUCUUUUGUAUUAGAGUUCCACUUUGAACCCAACGACUACUUCACCAACGCAGUCCUGACAAAAACGUACAAGAUGAAGUCAGAGCCGGAUAAGGCCGAUCCCUUUUCCUUUGAAGGUCCUGAAAUAGUUGAUUGUGACGGGUGUGUUAUUGACUGGAAGAAAGGGAAAAACGUGACAGUCAAAACAAUCAAGAAGAAGCAGAAACACAAGGGCCGAGGCACAGUGAGAACAAUCACCAAACAAGUUCCCAACGACUCCUUUUUCAACUUCUUCAGCCCGCUGAAAGCGUCCGGAGACGGAGAGUCCCUGGACGAAGACUCGGAGUUCACAUUAGCCUCUGACUUUGAAAUCGGACACUUCUUCCGUGAGCGGAUAGUCCCGCGGGCUGUGCUCUACUUCACGGGGGAGGCCAUAGAGGAUGACGACAACUUUGAAGAGGGUGAGGAAGGAGAAGAGGAGGAGUUGGAAGGUGACGAGGAGGGAGAAGAGGAGGACGACGCCGACAUGAACCCCAAGAAGGAGCCCAGCCAGCCCUCGGAGUGCAAACAGCAGUGAGGAGCGAGCGCCCCCCGGCGGUAGCGGCGGGACUUGUCGCGGCGGCCCCAGCACCGUAGCGGCGGUGCUGCCUUCUGACUUGUUUUCAAGUGCAUGAUUUCGACUUUAACUUUUUCUUUAUCCUUAUUAUUUUGCUUAACCUGUACAGUGGCAACUUAAAUGCAUUUCAGAAAUAGGAGGUUCGAUUCCAGCACCCUCUAUGGCCUUGGGUGCAGCCCAGUGGACUUUCCCAGGCCCUGCCUCCGGGAGGGGGCCCCACAGACCCCGGGGGAAGGGGGUGGCGGAAGGUCAGGCCAUGCCAAGAGCAGAUGUCGGGGGGCGGGGGUGGUUCCGGGGCCUCUAGACCCAGUCACGCCCCUCCGCGGUCGGACUGGAUUCUUCUUCCCUUGAAGAGACCUGCGCGCUCUGUGUCUCCACCUCUCGGUCUCCUGUGCUCUACGGCCUCAGAAGAGCUGCUGGGCGUGGGGUCCUGUUCUCCGCACAUCACUCCGUCUCUGGUUCUGUGUCCCUCGGGGUGCGGCAGGGGCGGCGGUGCGCCCCAGCCCUGAGGCACGAGUGUUUGUGGUUCAUCCUCAUAUUUAUUUAUUCUUUCCUGCUGGGGAGGGCUUGGGACGCUUGCUGUCACUUGUCCUUACACUCUCAGGAACCGUGUGUGUGACGGGUGACCUGGCGACUCGCCCGGCGGGGGUGGUGGUGGCUCCCGGGGGAGCAAGGCCUGUGGAGAAGGAACCUCUUUCUGUCCUGCCUGCGGCUGAGGGCGGGAGCCCGUUUUCAUGACAUACAGACCGCCUGGCUCUGGGGGGUGGCAGGCCUGCGGGUGCAGGUGAGGGGCCGGGGCUGGGACGUGCCGCCGUCCUUCUCGUGUGUCCGUGUCAGGUUUUGCUUUCGCGCUGCUCCCACGUCUUGGCCCCGUGCUCGUCUUGUUCUAAAAGCCCUGGGUUCAGAGCGACCUGUUCUUGGCUGGCGUGUGGGGUUUCUGAGGGCGCGACCAUGGCCUCUGGCAGCGGGGGACGUGUGUCCACACUGUGACCAGGCCUGUAGAGUGCUCGGCCUUACUUCUAAUAACAUUUGUAACUGAAUACGGUGUUUCCAAUUUGUACAGAAUAGUUAGAAUAUUCUAUUAAAGUUGUGAAACAUGGA